GGCCGCAGUAGGAGGUGAGUGGGCGAGGCCCCCGGGGGAAUCAGCUGCCCUUCUUAGGCCCCAUUUACUGGUCAGGUGGUUUUGAGGAACAGACACGAGAGGUUUAAAUCCUUGCCUCUGCAAUCUUAAAAAAACAAAAAGCCUCCCGCUGACCACAAAAACCCUGUGUCUUCCCCGCCCCACGAUGACUCCAUCCAAUUGCUCCACAAGUUCUGGGAACAGCUGUCACCUCCUCGCCGAACCCAAAUCCACCCAGCGCCACCCUCCUGGUCCCACUGAGCCCACAGUCACAGAACAGAGAAAGUCCCUGCUGGGACCCCAGACACCCACGGGGCGGGCGGUGUGGCCAUCCAGAAGCGCUCAAGCAUAAAAAAGAAGAACCUGCCGGCUUCUUAUUCUGACAGCCAGCGACACUCGCGCCCUGUCUCCAGCAUCUCACCGGAAGCCCAGCUUCCUACUCAGGCGAGACCUGCACCGUCUGCUCAGAAGACACCAAGAGACUCUCUGCACAAAGCCCCUCGGAUCUAGGGAAGGCCGGGAUGGAGAGCCCCGCCACCACAGAGAACUACAGCAUGACCACCGAAUACGACUAUGGCGACACAACCCCGUGCCAGAAGGUGGCCGUGAGGGCCUUCGGAGCCCAGCUGCUGCCACCCCUGUACUCCCUGGUGUUCAUCCUCGGUGUGGUGGGCAACGUCCUGGUGGUCCUGGUGCUCAUGAAGUACAAGAGGCUCCAGAGCAUGACCAGCAUCUACCUGCUCAACCUGGCCCUCUCGGACCUGCUAUUCCUCUUCACGCUCCCCUUCUGGAUCGACUACAAGCUGAGGGACAACUGGGUCUUCGGCAACGGCAUGUGUAAGCUGCUGUCCGGCCUCUACUACGUGGGCCUGUACAGCGAGAUCUUCUUCAUCAUCCUGCUGACCGUCGACAGGUACCUGGCCAUCGUGCACGCCGUGUUCGCCCUGCGAGCCCGGACCGUCACCUUCGGCGUCAUCACCAGCAUCAUCACCUGGGCCUUGGCCAUCUUGGCUUCCGUCCCCGGCCUGUACUUUUCCAAGAUCCAGUGGGAGGUCACGCGCCAUACCUGCAGCCUUCAUUUCCCUUAUCAGAGCCUGUGGGCCUGGCAGCGCUUUCAGGCUCUGAAGCUGAACCUGCUGGGGCUCCUCUUGCCGCUGCUGGUCAUGGUGGUCUGCUACGCGGGCAUCAUCAAGAUCCUGCUCCAGCGGCCCAGCGAGAAGAAGGCCAAAGCCGUCCGGCUGAUCUUUGUCAUUAUGAUCACCUUCUUCCUCUUCUGGACCCCGUACAACCUGGCUAUAUUUGUUUUCGCUUACCAGGAGCACAUGUUCACCAACUACUGUGAGCAGAGCAGACAGCUGGACCUGGCCCUGCAGGUCACGGAGGUGAUCGCCUACACCCACUGCUGCGCCAACCCCAUCAUCUACGUCUUCGUGGGAGAGAGGUUCCGGAAGUACCUGCGCCAGCUGUUCCAGAGGCACGUGGCCGCGCGCCUGGCCAAGUGCCUGCCCUUCCUCUCCGUGGACCGGCUGGAGAGGGCCAGCUCUGUGUCUCCAUCCACCGGGGAGCACGAGCUCUCUGGUGUGCUCUGACUCCGACCCUGGAGGCCCGCGGAGGUCCUGGUGGGCGCGGCCUGCAGGGCAGGGAGAAGGAAGGGGUGGCGGGACCGUCCCCACCAGACCCGACACCCUGCACCACGCCUUUGGGACAGAGAGCGCUCGAAGGUGGUCUAGACUGCGUCACCUGGGGUUUUGAUUUUGCUGUGACCCCCCCACACCGUGGAGGGGGCAAGGGGGCGGCACGGGACGUUCCAGAGACUGGGACUGUGGGCUGCAGGGAAGGGCUGAGGUCCAACCAGGUGCCCAGUGUGUGAGCACUGGCAUCUGAAAACGAAACAAAGCGCUGCAGCGCCCCAGUGAACUUGGAAAUGGCGAUUUCCACUGGUGCUGCCCCGCAGAGUCAGAGUCAGAGCCGGCGCGAGGCCUGCAGCCGCCCUGCCCCAACUUCUGGAAACUCUGGGAACACAGAACUCGGGGUGGCCAACUUGAUACCCACGGGGAAAUGGGGUUGGGGAAGAGCUGUUGGCAGUGAAAGGAAGGGGAGAAGGGUGGGCUGGGGAGUUGCCCGCCCGGCAGGUGGGCACACAGACUUCAGAACUGAGAGAGCCCCUGAGCUGGAACCAGCUCGUCCGCCAAGCUCCCCGGCUCCUCAGCUCCAGCCAGCCGAGGUCCCUGCUUCUCAUUGUUUGUCUGCUGCCCCUCAGGAAAGCCCAACGACACCACGAAGAAAGAAAACAAGCAUCGAAGUCAUCCGUCCUCUCACUAUCCAGCCAACCACUGUGCAUCUUGGACGCGUUUUCAGUCCUGUGUACUUUCAGGACGGGGACCGAGCUGCCUUUGGUGGUGCUCACGGUUCCAUUGCUGUAUUUAAUGAGCAGUACUUUGCAGCCGCCUUCCCGGGUCAAUAAAUCACUUCAAAGCGCUGCUUCUGGUGUCCGUAUUGAGCAGAGCAGAGCUGCUCCCUGAUUUACUCUCCCAGGGACCCUGCCACUGCUGGAAAGUUGGUCCCUGUUUCCGCGGAUCAGGCUAACCCACAAUGGUGGGGCCAGGCUGCACGUGCACAGUGGUGUCCAGGGAGGACGGUCCCCAGUCCCACGGGUGGACACGUGCAGGGAUCCCAUAGCACGGCCAGAGGGGUGGUAGCAGGACAGCAAGCCAACCAAAGGGCUCCUCACCUGGGACAGGACACACAGGCCAGCCUCUCUCCUUGUUGCACACAAGAGCUGCACAGCAAGCGCUAGGUAGAGGCUGCCUGAAUGGACGACUCCCCUCUCCUGUUUCCUCAGCCGCGAGGUAAGGAUGAGCAGGUCAGCACCCACCUCCUGAGGAGGCUCCCAGGACCCACUGAAACAAAGCAAAAGAAAUGGGCAGGCUUUCCAGCUUUAUCUGCCUUCCCUCUGCCUCCUACCUGCCAGUGCCUCCUCCAUUCAGCCUGGACGCUCUGCUCUUCCUCAACCCCUUGCCCUCUCCUCCGGGAUCCCAGCCUCACCGGUGGUGUUGAUCCCACUGUUUCUUCCCCACUUCAUCCUUGCAGAAGGGCUGUGCCCGGACAGCACAGACAGCUCCCAGGCCCUCCAGCAUCAACAUUCUGCCACAUGGGCUUCCAACGCAUUAUUCUUCCAGAGACAGACGGGGGGAGGGACAGAGAGGGACACUUCUGGCGCCCAGAAUGCUUUUACCAGCCCCAAGAAAACUCUCCCACAUAACUGGAGAGGCACUUGAUGCAACAUCACCAGGUGACCUCCAACCCUUUCCCAAUUUUUCUCCCUCAGCGAAGAAUGUCCUUGCCAAUCCCUGGACCCAGGAUCACAUUUACGUUCAUUCUCUUUCAAGCAAGAGAAAUUCCUCAAGCUUGUGUUUAUGAUGUCACCAUCUAUGAACACUGUUGCCUGCAAACGGUUUCUCAAUUCGGAGUCACUGGUGUUUCCUGAAGAUGAGAUGCAGGUUAUGCAACCCGGGCCACUUUUUAGGCGGAAUAACUUCUUGCGGUGAAUCUGGAGUACAGCUCAGUUGUCAGAGAAUACAGUGGCUUCGUUUACUUCCCAGAGAUCUUUAUUUCUCCUUGUUGUUGAAGGGUGUCAGGGCUGCAGGUCACUGGGCACUGGCAGCAUUUCCGUGCAGCGCUCUGCGGCCGACCUUCUGUUGCCUCCCCCUCCGCGCUCCCAGGGAAGUUAGCAAUGAUUGCGCCAUCAUCACCCAGGAGGAAAUGUGUGCUUCUCCCUCUGCCUGCUUUUAAUAUCUUCCUUAUCCUCUACUCUCAGCAUUU